UCGGCUGUGCACUGGGUAGCACGUUUCUCCCUCUCUCCCUCCCCUCCUUUCUCCUUUCCUCUUGCCUCCUGUGUCAGUCUCCAGGAUUUUCUCUCUUCCUAUUUCAAGAAGACUCUCACUGGCUCCCUCAGUCUAUGUGAAGCUGAGGUUUCCCCUGGAUCCCAUACAUUUCCAUCACAUACCUCCACGCACACACCUCCCCGAGAGCCCCGCGUUCACACCCACAAACACGCGCGCUCACACUCGCGCCGGCCUGUCCAUCUCCCUCGGGGGGGAGCCGGCGCGCGGUCCCACCUUCGUCGCGCACACUGGCUAGGCGAGCUCGCAGCGCUCUACGACUCUGCGGCUCGGAACUCGGACCGCAGGGCUGAACACCCCCACUGUGGUAUUUAAAAAAAGAAAGAAAGAAAGAAAGAAAGAAGACAUUUCCUUGCUUUUUCCUCUUUUCUUCUCUUUCUCGCACGGUUUUCUACCGUAGUGGCUAGCGGAGCCGGCAGCCUUCCCAAGGCAGCCCUGGUUGGCUUGCCAUCCUCCAUCUGGCUUAUAAAAGUUUGCUGAGUGCAGUCCAGAGGGCUGCGCGGCUCGUCCCCUCGGCUGGCGGAAGGGGGUGACGCUGGGCAGCGGCUAAGGAGCGCGCCGCAGGCUCUGGCGGGCUUUCGGCUCGAGGGGCAAGGUGAAGAGCGCACAGGGAGCUGGGGGCUGCCGAGGUGGACUUGCAUGUUGCACCAUGCCUUCUUGGAUCCGGGCUGUGAUUCUUCCUCUCUCCGGGCUGCUGCUGACCCUCCCGGCCGCGGCGGACGUGAAGGCUCGGAGCUGCAGCGAGGUCCGUCAGGCUUACGGUGCCAAGGGAUUCAGCCUGGCGGACAUCCCCUACCAGGAGAUCGCAGGCGAGCACUUACGCAUCUGCCCUCAGGAAUAUACAUGCUGCACCACAGAAAUGGAAGACAAGUUAAGCCAACAGAGUAAACUGGAGUUUGAAAACCUUGUAGAAGAAACAAGCCAUUUUGUGAGGACCACGUUUGUGUCAAGGCAUAAGAAAUUUGAUGAGUUUUUCCGAGAGCUGCUGGAAAAUGCAGAGAAGUCCCUAAACGACAUGUUUGUCCGGACCUACGGGAUGCUGUACAUGCAGAAUUCGGAGGUAUUCCAGGACCUCUUCACUGAGCUAAAGAGGUACUACACAGGGGGUAACGUCAACUUGGAGGAGAUGCUCAAUGACUUCUGGGCUCGGCUCCUGGAGCGGAUGUUCCAGCUGAUAAACCCCCAGUAUCACUUCAGCGAGGACUAUCUGGAAUGCGUAAGCAAGUACACAGACCAGCUGAAGCCUUUUGGAGAUGUGCCACGGAAACUGAAGAUUCAGGUCACCCGCGCCUUCAUUGCGGCUCGCACCUUCGUCCAGGGCCUGACUGUGGGCAGAGAAGUUGCCAACCGAGUUUCCAAGGUGAGCCCCACCCCUGGGUGCAUCCGGGCUCUCAUGAAGAUGCUGUACUGCCCAUAUUGCCGAGGCUUGCCCACUGUGAGACCUUGCAACAACUACUGCCUCAACGUCAUGAAGGGCUGUCUGGCCAACCAGGCAGACUUGGACACUGAGUGGAAUCUCUUCAUAGAUGCAAUGCUCUUGGUGGCUGAGCGACUGGAAGGGCCGUUCAAUAUUGAAUCAGUCAUGGACCCAAUAGACGUCAAGAUCUCUGAAGCCAUUAUGAACAUGCAGGAAAACAGCAUGCAGGUGUCAGCGAAGGUCUUUCAAGGCUGCGGCCAGCCCAAACCUGCUCCCGCUCUCAGAUCUGCUCGCUCCGCUCCAGAAAACUUUAACACCCGCUUUCGACCCUACAACCCGGAGGAAAGACCCACAACCGCAGCAGGCACUAGCUUGGACAGGCUGAGGACUGUGUGGAGGACCAUGCAGCACAGUGUCACAGACAUAAAAGAGAAACUGAAGCUCUCUAAAAAGGUCUGGUCAACAUUGCCCUACACCAUCUGCAAGGAUGAACGCGUGACAGCAGGAACCUCCAACGACGAGGAGUGCUGGAAUGGACACAGCAAAGCCAGAUACUUGCCUGAGAUCAUGAAUGAUGGGCUGACCAACCAAAUCAACAACCCUGAGGUGGAGGUGGACAUCACGCGGCCAGACACUUUCAUCAGACAGCAGAUCAUGGCUCUCCGAGUGAUGACCAACAAACUGAAGAAUGCGUACAAUGGCAAUGACGUCAACUUCCAAGACACAAGUGAUGAAUCCAGUGGCUCAGGCAGUGGCAGUGGCUGCAUGGAUGAUGUGUGCCCCACGGAGUUCGAGUUUGUCACCACCGAAGCCCCUGCAGUGGACCCGGACCGCCGAGAAGAGGAAUCUUCGGCCUCAAAGCUCAGCUCUUCCUUGAUCUCCUGGUCUCUGGUCUGCGUCGUCUUGGCCCUGCAGAGACUCAACAGAUAAUCGUGGGCUUUGGUCAAACGAAACUGCGUUUUAGCUCUUCUGUGGCCAACACCCUUCUUUUCUUACACUCUCGGACAAUGGACCACGCCACAAAACUCGCCGUUUUCUAUGACAAGAGAGCAGUCUUGCGAUCUGCCUCCCUUUUUGUUUUCCCAAAGAGUACCGGGUACCAGGUGGUCUGCUUCUCUUUCCUUCAGCUAUCCGUGGGGACCUCGUGUAUUCCAGAGAGAAUUCUUACUCAAAUCUUUCGUACCAAGAGAUUUUUUUCUUACCGUCAUUUGCUUUUAUGCUGCAAAAUUAAAGGAAUUUCACAUCGUGAGGGUUUUUUUUUGGGGGGGGGGGAUAUUUUUAACAACCCAUUUAAAAUAGGAAGAAAAUGAUUUUCCAUUUCAAAUCAGGCCAAACCCCAAGACAAAUGCAUUCUCAACAAGGAAAGGAAGGAGAGAAAAUAAUAAAGGAACUUUCAUCCUAUCAGGUUUGGCACUGACAGCCAACUCCUGGGGUGAGCUUUUCUGUGACAAGUGAGAUUUACAAAAUGCUUCUGAGGAGAAAGUGUACCAUUUUUAUGUAGUGGGAAUACACUGUUGUCUUGGCCUCUAACCAAACCGAUUCGUAGAUACUGAAGUAAAUUUAGGAUUAUGUCUUUGUAUAAUCUUAUUGCAACUCAACACCUCUCGUCCACCUGCCUGACCCCACCACUCACUGAGAGCAGCAUUUUCUGUCCCCUAAUGUCUGUCAGUUGUACCCAAUUGACACUGAUUGUCUUCAGUUUUUCACGGAUGCCCCCAUCCAGUCUCCACUCUCCUAGGUCUUGACUAAAAAAAAAAGAAAGAAAAAGAAACCAUCUUCCAUGGUACAGUCUCUUCUUUCUCCGCCAGACUGACAUGAGCUAGAUGUCUCAGCUCCCGUGUUCCAGACUCCCCCUCCCCAGAUAAGGGUUCUCCUACUGAUGUGACAAUUAUCUCCACACAUAAGGUUUUGUUAUUGACUCUUUGUGUCAAUUGGUUUCAGCAUCACAAGGGCAUUCUCUUAUAAAAACAACUCACAACAAUAACAACAACAAAAGUCAAGACAAAAAAAAAGAGAGAGAGAGAAAACACUAUAUAUAGUAUCGUCAUGGAGAUUCUUUUCACUUUUUUAGUCUUAGUAUGAUCAUCUAUUUUUAUAUCUAUAUAUAUAUAUAUAUAAAUCACAGAUUUUAACUUCUUAAUUCCAAGCUCAGGGUUGACACCUCUUUGUAACAGAACUGUUUUUGUCAACCACCUCCUCUUGUUCUGUGCUGCUCAGAAAACAGACUCCUUAGUGAUCUUUGAGCACCAAGAACCAAGAAGGAGAACUUUUUAUGUAUCUAACUGUCCACUGAUGACAAGUUUGCCAGGGCACACCCUGUUCACACGAGUUUGCUUUGCCCCUGGUGCUGCAAACUGUCCUGAGCUCAUGGGACAAGCCUGGUGUGCAAGACGUUACUGGUGAAAGAACGUGUGUGUGCAAACAAUGUUACUCAUGAAAAAGCAUUGCUCUCGUGUACAGCACCUUUGGCCUAGGACUUCUACUGGGUACUAUAACUGAAUGGCCUAAACCAAGGGGCCAUUUUUAGAGCCACUGCCUAACCUGUCCACCAAGCCAGGCCCAAUGCUUCCCCUGACAGAGAGAAGCAGAUUACACCAAACUGGGGUUGUAUGAAGACAGUUGGCUAACCAUGUUCUUCUUUCUUCCCUUUUUGUUUUUAUUUUUAUUUUUUUUGCUUUUAUGAUGCAUCUGGGAUAGGGAAAAGAAGUAUCUUAAGACACCACAGCAUACCGCAUGCCAAUCACACUUUGACUGACUCAUCGACAGUAUUGACACAUAAAUGAUAUUUGAUAUUUUUCUAUCUCUGCUCUCACCGAAAUUAACAUUUAGUUAUAGAUUUAAUCAUCGUGUCUAGGUAGAACACAUGCACUCGUAUUAAGGAUACUUGAGCACUUUUGAAAGACAGAACGUAUAGCAUCUGUCACCACUUUAUGCCUAAUGGAGUAAGAAGCAAUGCAGGAUUCUGAGAGACUCUGUGGUAUCUUCCAUUUGCAUCCAUGCGACACCUAAUCCAGUUCAGAAUGGCAGCCCUUCAGAAAACCAUCCAGCUGAGGACCCCACUUCAGCUUCUAAUCCCCAGUUACAUGUAACACAUCUCCGUGAAGGAGCAGCCAUUCAUGUUAGGUGGUACGUCGUAUGUUCAGAAAUCAGUAUUGUUUUUAUUUUUCCCAAUAAUUAUGGUGCAAUACAAACUAAGCCAAUGCCGAAUCUCCAGGAUAUUUGAAUAAUGACUUCUUUUUAUGGCUUUAAGCUCCAACUUCCUUCUUAAAAUAUUUCCGCAUUAUCUUCUAUAAAAGAAAUCAGGAGGUCUUGUUUCUUACCGUGCAAGAGGGUUUACAUGACAACGCAUUACAUUAAUGAAUGUGAGCCCAUGUUCUGUGCACGCCCAUCACACAAACAACAUAGAAAGGCCUGUUUUCUUUGAUGCAGCACCUGUAUUCUCAAGGGUAUGACUACUGACAAGAUACAGUGAUGCCCAUGAAGCAGGCAGAGCUGAAAUGAGGGCCAACUGACAAAGCCACAUCGUUAGUCAUUUUACACAGACACGGUCAAAAUGUUUCACUUGCCCUUCCUGGUCAUUGUCAUCGCCCAUCUUAAGGCUUUUAGACCGAUUUGACGUUAAAGGUUUCUUUUUUUCUGUCCCCCCUAAGCCUUUUAGCACAGUUACCCCUUUUCGGUACCUUGGGAUCCUCCUCCCAGAUUAAGUUUCUCAUCCCAGCGUAGUGAUAGGAGAUGUCUCGAUCUUUCCUCAUCAUCCCUGGCCUGCCCUCGUUUGUGAAGACGUCGUCCCCUAAAAUCUGUAAUCACAUCACGACUUGUGUUAUGAGUAGAGAGGAAAGGGACCCCCAACAUUGGACACUGGGAACGGGUGGGUGACGCUCAUAACUGCAAACUCUUAGCUUAUCGAAGUGCCUCUAUUUACAUGUUCCUCGGUUUUAAUAUGUAUUUUUCUAACAGAAAUACCAGUCUGUAAUCGAUGUUUAUUAUACUCUGUAUAUGUCACAACAAAGGCUAAGUGGAGGCUAAUGUCUUCAGCAGAGAAGAACGAACUGCAAAUUUAUGAACAAGAGCCCUGUAGUCCUGGAUUGGCAGCCACAAGACAGCUUUCUGUCACUGCAGUGAAGGCCAAGUGGGCACUUUGAUUACAGCCGUCACCGACUGUAGCACUAGAAAUUCUGAUUCCCUUACCCAGGGAGGAAGGUGACAUAAGUCACCUGCUUCAAACGUAAGGGAGAGAAAGUACUUUGUCUACACUGAAAAACUCUAUCCAUUGGCGAGCAGUAGUAGUUUCAAAAGGAGCAUUCUUUGGAUCAAACUCAUUGAGCAUGUCGUCGGACGCAGAUCCAUGAAACUUAGUUUACAUUCCCUGCUGUAGACAUUAGCCUUCCUUAAUUCUUCUUGCCAUUACACACACCUUUCGGCUACAAGCUAAGCACCAACUUUAAAUCCUCAAGGAGGAGUAGAACUCAGUGAAACCCUGGCUUGUGAAUCUUUUCUCACCUCUCUGCAAGGCUGAGUACCAGGUGGUUUGACUUUAGGUUUCAAAUGUUGGCAAACGCAGCAUUUGACUUCUCCAAAAGCUUGCAGAUACUCACGCCCAUACUCAUUGACUUACAGUCACUACCAGACAUUUAAAUUCAAAACAAAAUUGAGAGCCUUGCUACCUGAAGAGCAAUGGAGUCCAUCGCUUAUCAAUCUUCAGUGAGUUCCUCCUUGGUGACGAUAUUAGCCAGUGCUUGGUUUUAGGCCAAAGUAUACAAAUAGAGUAUUGAUUUGUACGCAUUCUGGAGACUUGCUAUGUCAUAAUUUGCCAUAGCCCAGACCCAGCUUAGCACGGGCAUGCUUGGGACUUCACUGACAGUGGAGGGGAUACUGAAGUCUUUGGUGUUGCCUUGUAAGAAGGACUUACUUCAUGAGUAACACCUUAAGGAGGGUACCACAGUGCAGUCUCUGUGUGCAUAUACAGAACACAUAUGCAGGAGAAAUGUGUGCACCGAUCAAACCUAAAACUUUACGUGACUGUCAAAUGACUAUUAUUUGGGUUAAGAUUUUCUUUUUCACUUCUGAUUUGGAUAGAAAAUUGCUAUUAAUCUUGUAUUAAAAUAGUUUAUAAAAAUCUA